GCUGCGCCGCGUAGCCUCGAUGAGCUUUCUUGUGUAUGGUAUGGUGAGCUCACGAAGUGCGCAAAGUCUGGAUAAUAAAAGAAUCCAAAGUGACUCCAGUUAACUAUCCGAGGCCAAAUAUCCGUGCUCGCUUCACUUGACAGGAGAUACUACUUUGCUAGCUAUCUUAACAGCUAGCGAAAAGAUUUUACAUUGCACUGGACCUUUUCCACACAGUUCAAUAUUAUGGAGCCGACAUGCCAACCUUUACGUUGCUUUAGCGAGUCCCAUCGGUUGGAAGUAUUAAAUGACGACGGCGUACAGACAGUGACUUCUGUAGAGCAGAGAAAAGUCGAACGCAGUAUUCAAGAGGUACUCAGUGUUUACCAGCAAGUACACAACUUGCCACAGCCAGCUUUGCUAAGAGAGCAGCACUAUCAGUAUCUCAAGAAAGGUUUACGCCAUCUUUCUGAUGCCUAUGAGUGUUUGGAUGCAAGUCGGCCUUGGCUCUGCUACUGGAUCCUGCACAGUCUGGAGCUGCUGGAGGAGCCUGUGCCUGCUGCUGUGGCAUCAGAUGUGUGUCAGUUCCUGGCGCGGUGUCAGAGCUCAACUGGCGGGUUUGCAGGAGGCCCAGGACAGCACGCUCACCUGGCACCCACCUACGCUGCCGUGAACGCACUCUGCAUCCUGGGCACAGACGAGGCCUACGGCGUUAUCGACAGAGAGAAGCUCCUGGACUUCCUGUACUCCGUGAAGCAGCCAGAUGGCUCCUUUGUGAUGCAUGUGGGUGGGGAGGUGGAUGUCAGGAGUGCAUACUGCGCUGCGUCAGUCGCCUCGCUCACCAACAUCAUCACCCCAACGCUGUUUGAGGGAACGCACAACUGGAUCCUCAGCUGUCAAAACUGGGAAGGUGGCCUUGGGGGCGUGCCAGGCCUGGAGGCUCACGGCGGCUACACCUUCUGCGGCACGGCAGCGCUCGUCAUCCUGGGGAAGGAGAACAUGCUGGACCUCAAGGCUCUGUUGCGCUGGGUGACGAGCAGGCAGAUGCGCUAUGAGGGCGGAUUCCAGGGACGCUGCAAUAAACUGGUGGACGGCUGUUAUUCCUUCUGGCAGGCAGGCCUUCUACCACUGCUACACAGGGCUCUCUUUAAAGACGGAGACAGGACGUUGAGCCUGAGCAGCUGGAUGUUUGAGCGGCAAGCCCUGCAGGAGUACCUCCUGCUCUGCUGCCAGAACCCAGGGGGAGGUCUGCUGGACAAGCCCGGCAAGUCAAGGGACUUCUACCACACGUGUUACUGUUUGAGUGGCCUCUCCAUAGCACAGCACUUUGGGAACAAGGAUCUUCACCACGAGCUGGUCCUUGGCAAAGAGGAGAACAGACUGGCACCGACUCACCCUGUGUAUAACAUCUGCCCAGAGAAGGUCGCCCGAGCCAUCCAGCACUUCCACCAGCUGCCAGUACCAGCACACACCAGGAGCAACAGCAAGACCUAAAGAGCACUUGUAGACCUUUUUUCCUCGAAGGUUGUCAGUCUGGGUUUUUUUUUUUUUUCCUUGGCUAUAAGCAGGAACCUCCCAUGUAAAUGCUGUAGUCCAAAAGCCGUGCUGGUAAUUGAACAAGUCUCAAGGGGACUAAAGCAUUAGCCAUUAAAAUAAAGGUAGGAAGAGUUCUCAUGUCA